AUGCCAGAUUUACCAGCACCCGUGGCAUCUGCAGUUGUCGUUCCUAAACAAGAUGCGCCAAACGUUAAAAGUCCCCGCAGGAAACGUCGACAAUCAUCCGUGUCCGAAGAAGCUUCAAAACGUCCCCGGAUCUCCACCGAAGGCAGCGUCGGCUCUCCCUCAACACUGCAUUCAUCUCCACAAGCUACCGAUUCUUUGAAGCAUGAAUCAUCGGGAAAGACUCAACGUCUUACCGUUGUACCAGAAGGGUCAAGAAAUGUUAAUCCUGAAAGACGGAGGAGUAGUGUCCAAGAGGAGCGCAAGCGCGGUCAAAGAUUAUUUGGAGGCUUGUUGAAUACCCUUAAUCAAAGCACACCCAAUGGACAACAGAAAAAACGACAGGAAAUUGAGGCGCGACAAAAGGAAAGAGCCGCGCAAAGAAAAGUUGAAGCAGAAGUUAAGAGGAAGGAAAAGCUUGCGAACCUGAGAGCUGUACGAAUGGUUGAGCAAGUGAAAUUCCAGGAAGAAUCGUAUUACAAACCAUGGCAAUUAUCAGUCAGGAAUGAAGCCACAAUCAAAGCCCAAAUCGAAAAGGUUGAGAUCCUGAUCGAGGAAGAGAAGUCCGAGUGGGCAAGGCAACAUCAAGAACAAGGUCUAAAGGUUGAAGAGGAAUUCGAAUCCUCACAGGUUAAGACUGAGAAAGAUAAUUUGGAAGAGCAUAAUGGCGAGGUAGUAGUAGAGGCAGAGGAGGACACCGUCAUUUACUGA